CACAGUUCUCUAUUUCUCUCUCUUUUUCCCUUCUAUCUUCCUUCGCAUUUUUGCUUCUUCUUUUCACAGCCAUUUACUAGAUUCCUCUAAUUACCCAUUUCCUUUAUUUCCCCCCCUCAUUGGAUUGUACAAAGUCCCAGCUCAAAUACCCAUCUCUAAAUAUUUUUAUUUUCUUCUUUAUUUUUUGGCUUUUUUGUUGCUUUUCCCCUUAAUUAUGUUCUAUGGGCUGAUAAAAAAGAUAACAAAACUCUUCUGGGUAGUUUUCAUUAUUUAGCUUUUGCUUUGUUCUGCAAACUAAACUACCUUUCUGUUUUUUUUUUGUUCUUGUUGUUGCAGAGAAGCCUUUAAUGCCCUGUUGAAUAUGUCAUAUAGAGCUUGAAGAAACCAAUCAAACAAAAAAGUUUUCAAUUUUUAGUCAAAGUUUUUAUCAAUAAUUUUUUUCUUCUCUUUGUUGUUUGUAAAUUGUGUUCUGUGAUUUAUUUUUCUUCCCUUUAGCCAAAGAGAAAGACAUGGGCAAGCAAGGACCUUGCAAUCACUGUGGAGUUACAAGCACUCCUUUAUGGCGCAAUGGACCUCCUGAGAAGCCAGUAUUGUGCAAUGCAUGUGGGUCGCGGUGGAGGACUAAAGGGACCCUUGCAGACUAUACCCCACUUCAUUCUCGGGUUGAACCUGAUGAUUAUCAAGAUCAUAGGACUUCCAGAAUGAAGAGCAUAUCUAUAAAUAAGAAAAAGGAAAUCAAACUGCUGAAAAGAAAACCAAAUCAUGAGACAGCAGUUGCCGCCCCUGAUUACAACCAGGGUUUCUGUAGGUUUGUGGAUGAAGAUACUAGUUAUAGAUCGAGUUCUGGAUCCGCAAUAUCUAAUUCUGAAAACUAUGCCCAGUUUGGCAGCGCAGAUGCAAGUGACUUCACAGGGUCUGCUCGAUCUAACGUGCGGAAGUCAAUGGUGCCUUCUAUGGAAAGGACCUUCUUAAAUCGUCCUAAGCAAUCUUCAGUUGAGAAACUGACAAAAGAUUUGUAUACUAUUUUACAUGAACAACAGUCUUCAUAUUUCUCUGGAUCAUCUGAGGAGGAUUUACUUUUUGAGAGUGAAACACCCAUGGUUUCUGUUGAGAUUGGACACGGAAGCAUUCUAAUUAGACAUCCUAGCUCAAUAGCUCGAGAUGAGGAAUCUGAAGCUAGCUCACUUUCAGUUGAAAACAAACAAUAUUCAGUGAAUGAGGCGUAUUCAUAUUCCUCAAAUUUCUCUGCAUACAAUGAUAUCAAGGCCGUGAAACUUUUAGGACGUGCAAUCGAAAAGGCUAAGAAUCCAGCUGGACCUGGAAUGCAGCACGAGCAAUUUAAGAGCAGGGACAAGGCUCAACAUGAAAAAUCACUAAUGCUGGAAAGUCAUAAGUCACCACUGUGUAACAUAGAUUUAAAUGAUAUCCUCAACUUCGAGGAGUUUGUGAAACAUUUAACAAACGAAGAGCAGCAGCUAUUGUUUCAGUAUCUACCUCCACUCGACAUUGCCAAACUCCCCGAUAGCCUCGAAAGCAUGUUUGAAAGCCCUCAAUUCAAGGAUAACCUCUGUUACUUCCAGCAACUGCUUGAGGAAGGCGUCUUUAAUAUCUCUGUCCCGGGGGUGAAAGCCGAAGAUUGUAAGACUUUGAAGAGACUUGCAUUAUUUAAUUUGACGAAAUCACAAUGGGUGGAACGCAGUCAUGUACUUAAGCUGCAGAGAUGUAAAAGUAGUAUUAAAGGGCCUGUGAUUGCUAGAGGACCAACUGCCGUUACAUCGAACAAUUCGGCGAUUAUGAAGAGAUCACGUGACUGCCAAAGCCAAAAUUUUCCAGAAGCAAGUUCCUUAAAGUUCCCUAAAAAGGUAUUCAUGAAGGCUACUUAUGAAAACAAAGAAGCCAUAGACGACGAUGGUUCAUGCUUUAGUCCGAGAAGCCUCUUCGCUUUGCCUCCUAUUGGUGGCUCUCUCGUGAUGGAUUCUCUGCAUUUCGUCGAUGAAAGUUCCGACCAAGAUUUGCUUCUGGAUGUGCCACCCAAUGGCUCAUUCCCACAGGCGGAACUGCUUCAUCCUACCUUAAGUUUCGGGCAACAGGCAAGCACUAGUAGUAGCUCAGCACGUUCACAUCUUGUGAAUCCAUAUUAGCAAGAGAUCCCAUGACCAGGGUCUACAUAUUUUGCAUGUCAAACACCAAAGACUGUGAUUUAGGUUUGAUGGUUGCUCUUUU